GUGUUCAUUCUACGAACAGCUGUGUAAAGUUAAACAAACAUUUUAUGCAUUCAAGCAAGUGUAAAAAGUAUACAAAUUGUGGAAAUGGAGGAAGUUAUUGAAGGAGAUAAGAGUCAGCGGCCUGACGAGAAAUGGAUCUUAGAGAAGGAACUAGCCAGGCGGGGGGAACCACUUGUGGAAACAGAAAAACAGCUUGACAAAAUAGAAACAUCAUUAUCGAAAACAACAACCGGCUAUGAGAGCAAUGCCCCAGCACAGGCAACGGAUCCCAAAGAACCAAAAAAAUGCGUAUCUGGGGAAAAAAUUCAAGUGUAUGGUUACAUGAAAAAGAAGGUUUUGAGCCAUUUAGAAGAAAAUGGUUGUAGCCCUAGAAGUGUUGAUGAAGUGAUUACAGCUUCAAAAUUUAACAAACAGUCUAUACUCGAAUAUAUGAACCAGCGUAUAGAGAUGGCUGAAACUAAUGUACAUGAAGAGUGCGGAUCACUGAGUUUUAACAACAUUGAAGCCUGGCUAAAGCAAUUUAAAAAAUGGAAUUUGCCAGAGUUAUGCGCAUAUGAACCAGCCUUAGUUAUCAAUGCCAUAGCGAACAAUGAGGAUCUUCCUGAAGCAGAAGAGCUAGAGGGCGUGGACUUAAGAUCCCUCUACAAAUUCAUAGGAAAUGCAUUAUUUGGAUUACCGCAAGCUAAAUUAAAUGAAAAAAGUGCGGAAUUUUUGGCCAAUGAAUUUGAGAUUCUUGUUGGAGAAGCCAAUACGAAUGUUGGCGAUUGUGCGACAAUGCUCCUGAAAAAUCGAUUACAAAACUACAAAGAGCUGCCGUGUUGCAGGGAAAAAGAAAAAUGUAGCAUCGACCCUUUAUGUCUAGAGGAUGAACAGAAAUUUACUCAAUAAUGAAAGGCGGGCACGCUCUGCAUAUUCCAAAUAAAAUAGGGCUAUACUAAUCUGUAUUUUAUAUUUUUUCAAUUGUUGAUCUUGUUUGAUUAAGGAUUCAAAUAUUAAUGCAAAUAAAAUAAAUUAAUAUGUUGAUAGAAUUAAAACGCACCACUUUAAAUAUUUGUCCACAUUUAUUACACACUCAAAUAUUAUUCCGUACUUUAAAAGAGUUGACACAAAUUUGUAUAUGUAUAUGAAUGUAGUAAUUUGUAUGUUAAUUAAUUCCUCUUAUUCUUUGUUACAAUAACCCACGCCGAUUUACUUAUCACUUGCACGUGUUUAAAUUUACGCCUCAAAACGAUUCAUUCAAUCUUCAAAUGAAAUUGCUUGUUGCAUGUAGUUUACUCAAAAAAAGCUAAAGAGUUUUAUGGAGUGUUAUAAAAGUGACAGAUAACAUAUUUGAUGUUUUAUUUUGCA